GCCUGACGUAAAUAACAGUGGCUUUGAUGUGCUAAAAAAAUAACGGAGUUUGGCAAAAGAAAGCUAAAAAGUUUAAGUGAAUCCUCGACAAAAUAAUAAGAAUUCGUUAAACUCCUUCGUAUUCGUUCAUUUGAAAAAUGUAUCCAUUUAAGAUACCGCUUAAUUUACAAGUUAGCGUGGCUCCAGGUAACAGGAGAAACAAUCAGUUUCUGCAAAGGCAGAGACUAAUAAGAAAAUUCGAAAAAAAAAUCGAGGCAUUAAAAAGGCAACAGCCGGAUGCGCGCAACAGGCAAGAACGUUAUGGCCAUCAAUGGCCGAAUACUCACAGCAGACAAGAACGUUAUGGCCCACAACAUUCGCAUUAUAAUCAAGUGCAACAAUACCGCUGCACACAAUAUCCAGAACCAACAUUCCAGCAACACUCUCAGCAGUUUGUGCCACAGUACUUUCCAUCAAAUUUUUUCCCAACAUUCCAACCUAAUUUUGUCCACACUCCACAACAGCCGAUGCAUUUACAGGCACAACAACACCACAUAGUGCAGACUCACCAACAGCAAGUGCAUAUCCAGCACCAGCAGUCGCAACAACAGCAACAGCCAGUGGCACAACAUUUUCAGCCACAGCUGUCGGAACACACAAACCACCACUAUGUACAAAUCCAACAACAGCCAGUUUCACAUCAUAUCCAGCAUCAGCAGUCGCAACAACACCAUCAGCCAGUGGCACAACAUUUUCAGCCACAGCUGUCGCAACAUACAAACCACCACUAUGUACAAAUCCAACAACAGCCAGUUUCACAUCAUAUCCAGCACCAGCAGUCGCAACAACACCAACAGCCAGUGGCACAACAUUUUCAGCCACAGCUGUCGCAACAUACAAACCACCACUUUAUAGAAAUUCAACAACAGCCAGCUUUACAUCAUAUUCAGCCACAGCAAUCGCAACAACAUGAAGAACAAAAUCACCAAUCCGUAUCUGUUCAACAACAGCCAUUGCCACAACGAAAGCGUCAUCCCCUACAACCCUCGUCUUUUAAUAAUUUAUCUACCGAAUUGGAAAAUCUCAAUUUGAGGCAGAGUAAAGACAGUGAUCGCGUAACGGAUGUGGAAUCAAGCCAUGAAAAUGAGGAAAAUAAUGAAGGUGGUACAUCAGAAGGUUUUCUAUAGAAGCGAGUUUUUUUUUUUGUUUUUGAAUUAAUCUAUUUUUUAGUUUUUUUUACAUAUGUAAGUUUGAGUUUGCGUUUUUUUUAUUUUUUUACUACAAUUAGUAAUCGUCUUUUCGUUUUUAUAAGAUUAAUUAUGUUAGAUAUGAAUAUUUUAUAAGCAUAUUCGUUUUUAUAAGAUAUGAAAUAAAUAUUUUAUAACUCGUAAUUUGCCCUCUUUUC